CUGCUUGAAAUUUUCCAGCUGGGCAAAAAGGGAGGGUUCAGCACAACAGGUGAAUGGCGGGGCGGAGCAAAGGAAGCAUAAAACCUCACCUGUCACAGCCUCUGGAGGGUGGAGGCAGGAAUCAGGAAAUAAACAGCGAAAACGCAGAAGGAACUGAGACCUGGGCAAGAUUGUUGUCCCCCAUCAGAGCUUUGUCUUGUUUGGAUUGUCUCUUACCUGGAUCUGCGGAUGGUGCUGCUGACCUACAAGCUCCUUCUCUAGAAAGCAUCCUUAUUCUCCCAUGGGGACAUAGAAGACCUUCUUGGUUGCCAUCUCUCUUUUUUUCCACUUUCUUGUACUUCAUAGAAACCAAUGUCCUGGGUUCGAAUUUAGACCACCCUGGCUUCCAAAUUUGGCCCAGGUUGGUCUGCUGGCUCCGUGCCCUACUUGGAACUCUAUGACAACAACCGCAGCUUCUUCCAUGUAUCCUGAGGAGGAGGCCCUUCGCACCCCGUUCACCCCUCCGCCGGCUUUGGGGGAUGAGUUUUAUCCCUUUGGGGGUGAACCCCAACAGUCUUUCAUGGGGGAUGUGGCUUCUGUUGAUGAAGACCCUGAAGCAGGGGAUUUGGGGUUGCUGCUGCAGAGGAAAGAGCAAGAUUUGCUCCUGGCGGCGGAGCUGGGAAAGAUGCUCCUGGAACGCAAUGAGGAGCUGGAGCGGCGCAAUGAGGAGCUGACCAAGGAGUAUAUGGAAGCCAAAGAGCGUCUAGAACAAGAGAAGCACGAACUCCGCCGGCACCUUGAAUCCGGUCAGGCUGAAUUUGAAACUCAUGUCGCAGAGUUGGAGGCAGACUUGGCGGCUGCUCGAAACCGAUUGGGUCAGCAGCGUUUGGAGCAGCAGGACACCAGCCGGGAAAGCUCUCAGGCCGUCCUGGACCUUUCGGAGCAGAACCAGCGCCUGGUGGAGCAGCUCAGUCAGCUUGCCCAGCACGAACAGCGGAUACAGGAAGAGCUGACGCUAUUGCGUGGGGAGCAUCGGACUUUGGCUCUUAGCAGCACCGAACAUGCUGCCCGGACGCAAAGCCUGAGAGCAGAGAAUCUCAUGUUACAAGAUCGGAAGCAAGAUCUGGAGAAACAGACCCAGCAUCUCCGGGAAGAGAACGAUUCGAUCCAGGCUUUGGUGGACACACUCCAUGACAACCUCCUCCUUCUCCGCAAAGAGAGCCACGAGAAGGAACUGCGGCUGCAGCAGGUAGAAGUGGAGGCGGAGGAGCUUCGGGUCUCCAAUCGUCGGUUGCAGCAUCAAGUCAAGGAGAUGAAAGAAGAGAUCCGUCUCCACGAUUUGGACACUUCGGUCACCUCCAUCCAGUCUGAGAUUAAUAAUAGUUUGGAGGAUGCCCCCGGAGCACCAGGGCAAGCUCUUAAGCUGCUGACCAAUGGCACCGGGAAGCCUGGUCCUCCCUCCACAGCUCCUGCGUCACGGUGGAAAUCGGAGGAAGAAGAAGCCGAAUACAUGAAAAGGGUCUCAGCCUUGACUCAACAGGAGCAAGAUAUAUUGAGGCAGAAAGAAACGGAGAUCAUGAGACUCCAGGAUCAGAUUACUUUGCAGCAUGUGGAACUCUUCAAUUUAAAGUCUGAAAUCGAGAACCAGAGGCGUCUGUACCAAGAGAGCAACCGGGACGAGGCUUUGAAAUUAGCCAUAGCAGAACGGGACGAGGCUAUAAUAAAGAAAGGCGAGAUGGAGCUGGAAAUGGCCAAAGUCUCUCUGGAACGGGAUUCCUUGAGCCAGCAGUUGCUGCGGGUCAUACGGCAGAAGAUGGCACUUUCCCAGGAGCUGGAAGCUUGGCAAGAUGAUAUUCAGUACAUCAUUCACCAGCAAUUGCUCCAGAAGCAUCAGGAAGAGAAGGCUCACCCUGUCUCCAAGCCGCCAAAGACGCCUUCCAAAGAACAAGGCAAGAACCCUCCUUUAUUUCGCCGUAGCACCAGCACUUCCAGUGGCAACAGCUUCUUCUCCCUUUUCCGGAAAAGCUGAGGAUCCUAGGGGUGUGGGCAGAUUUCCAUGAAACAGGAAAGGUGGUGGAGGGAACACACGAAAUGCCAGUACUGUACAAAGUCAGAGUAAGGGCAACUCAAUAGUGGGGGAUGUCGUUGCUCACGGUGAAACUUGAUGGGGCUGAAAUGGGUCAAAUGUGUGUGGCGCGCCAAUAUGUUGGAGUGGGAAGAAGAACCAUGCUGUAGAUCCAGCUCAAUAUCAUAUAUCAAGCUUAGUCCAAUGUUAUAUAUCAUUAAAUCCGAUCAGGGCUUCAACCCAGCCUGUAAAUGAACUAUCCAGAGUGCUGAACCUAGUUCUCUUUGAGCUAAAACCCAUAUCGGAAUAUAUAUCGGAAUUAUUUCGGAUUGUUCUCGCUUUUUGAUACGCAUUCCGAGACAUUGUCUCACAGCACAAGCAGCAAUGUAAUUCGAAUCAUUGUUUGCCCAUUCUCUAAUUGUCUCUUAAUGUUUCAUUAAUUCCCCCCCCCAAUUUUUUUAAAAAAAAUAUUUUAAAAAAUAUUUUUUAAAAAUAAUUUGUUUCUGCAACCUACCUUGAAUGGGAGCUUAGCGCAGCCUAACAUGGCUACCGCUCCCCGGCCAAUCAGAAGCUUCCAUGAUGGACACAAAGGUGGGGGCUAACGUCCUCUGCGUCCACAUGGAAGAUUGCCAUACAAGCCCAGUGUGUAGCGAUUGCGCAUGCGUGUCCACCAUUUUAGAAACAUUUAGAAUCAUUACGAAUUUUCGGAAAUAUCUGAAAUUUUUGGGUGAAAAAAUCAGAAAUACUUUCUAUAUCGAAGUGCCAGCAUCCCCUACUUUAGAAACAAGAAUUGAAACAUUUUUUUUCAUCGAUCGGACAUGCCUACAAAGCAGUGUCCACAUUCCUUGUAAUGCGGAAGCCACCACAGUAGAUAACCACUCACUUGGUAUGUUUAGUUGGAAAUCUACACUUCAUAUAUGACUUUCCUUUACUUAUGCUCAAUGUGGGAAGGACUAGAAUGGAUAGAACUUAAAAUUAAUUUAUUUAGACUAUAGCUUAUGGAAUCCUUCAGAAUUCGGGGGGUUGGAGGUUUAAAAAAAAGGAGAACGUUCCUGAUACUAGGCUGUCAGAAGCUAAAGAGGGGAUAAAGCUACAAAGUGAGCCUUUAAGGAGCAACUGUUCUACAUAUAAACCAGGCAUGGGCAAACUUCGGUCCUCCGGGUGUCUUGGUCUUCACCUGGAGGGCUGAAGUUUGCCCAUGACUGAUAUAGACCCAAGGGCCAGAGCUUUUCCCAGUCAAUAAGGCAGAUGCUAUGGAUCAAUCAAUGAAUUAUAUUUUUGGAAGCACCAAAAAGGUCAUAUCCACAUGGUGGUAGAUGGGCAGGGAGGUGUCCUCCAUUGCCAUUAAUUAUAAUAAUGGGUCAGCUACAUUCAUGUGAAUACAUGGAGCUACCUUUCCAGCUAGUCAUAUGAAUUGCCCAUGGGAUGAUUUUCUCCAGACCUAUAGGGUAAUACCGGAUGUUCUAAGCUUCUCAACAUUUUAAUUAAAAAGUUUAUUUUGGUCUUCUUCUUCUUUUAAUACUUCUAGCCUCCCAAAACCAGUUGGCCAGGCUGUGUUCCAAGUUCUAAAGUUGUCCCGCCUUGCUGACCAGUCAGUGGUAUGAUUCAUCUAAGUGGAUUUUUUCUCUUAAUUUUUCUAUGGGCACAUAAGCAUCAUCCAGUUUUUACCAUGCUGAGUUUUUGGGCCGAAUGAGUCUGAAACUUAGAUACUGAUUCCUUAUGCCCUUGUAGAUUAAAUGCUCUGGGCUAAAGCACGACAUUUCCCUCCUUAGUACAUACCUUUUACACUGACUUCUCCGAAAAAGUGCUGUCAAAGUACCUGUCUGAACAUUAAUUGGAGGCUCGUAUAUACAUUCUUGUGUGGCACUUUUCACUGUAUUAGCACCUUAAUUUCUCUUAUAGCCACACAUUCGCUGGGGUUAGGGGCACAUGAUCCCCAUGAAAAUGAAAAGCUACAAAUAAUUAAAAUAUAAUUAAUCUGAGAGAACAUUUGUCAAGGAAUUUCUAGGUCAGAGCUUUCCAAACAUUUCAUGUGGUGGCACAUCUUUUUAGACAUGCAUCAUUUUGUGACACAGUAAUUCAGUUUUACUAGCAAACUGGAAUAAUAAUAAUAAUAAUAAUAAUAAUAAUAAUAAUAAUAAUAAUUUAUUUGUAUUCUGCCCUAUCUCCCUAAGGGUACUCAGGGCAGAUUUUAGCAUGUACAGAUACAAAGGCAAACAUUCAAUGCAAAAUACAGAUACACAGAUAAAAGUAAAGGCUUCCCCUUUCAUCUCCAGCUCUGAGGGUGGUGCUCAUCUCCAUUUCUAAGCCGAAGAGGCUGUGUUAUCAGUAGACACCCGCUGGGUUAUGUGGUCAUGCCAUUUACCUUCCUGCCGAGGCGGUACCUAUUGAUUUACCCACAUUUACAUGUUUUUGAACUGCUAGGUUGGCAGAAGCUGGGGCUAACAGCGGGAGCUCACCCUGUCCCGCAGAUUCGAACCGUCAACCUUCCGGUCAGCAAUUUCAGCAGCUCGAUGGUUUAACCCGUUGUGCCACCGCCCAACGGAUUAAACUAACCCCUCAUAAGAGAUAUGGACACGUACAAAAAUUGUAAUAAAGCAAUGUAUGGGGGCACAACAUAUCUCAUGAAUAUCUUUCAUUGAUAUUUUUUAAAACAUAGGAUUUAUUGCUUAUUUCACAUAGACUCAGGUUUCUCCUAACGUUUGCGCAACACACCUACUACACAUUGCAGCUGACAUGUUAAAAGAUACAGUUUGGAAAGCUCUGCUCUAGCAUUACUAUCGACAAUAUCAUUUAUGGUUCCCAUUUUGAAUUGGGUUCUUUGUUGACCACUGUGCUAGUUUCUAAAAAUCAGCAUCGGGAUUGCGUGCCUUCAAGUCAUUUUUAAAGUUCUGAACCUAAAGGAGUUUUCUCAGCAAGAUUUAUUCAGAGGGCUGUAAGCUUGACUCGCUUAAGAUGGGUUGCAAACUCUGGUCUUUCCUUGUCCAAUACUGAACCGACUAUGCCAAUCUGGUGCGCCAAAAAAAGCAGCAUAACUUUAUGCAAAUGAGCCAUGCUCAUGAAUAUGUCACAUGACCACCAGCAGGGGGUAGUGAUGCUCCUUCUUCCUCCUCUUCCUCCUUCUUCCAUAUGUACACUUUCUGUGUAAUCUCUUUUACAUACAUGCACACAUAAAGCACUCUUUUGUAAAUGUAAAUUUUCAGUUGUUUAAGAAUAGAAAACUUUAAAGAUGAUAUCAAAACUGAGGGAUAAAUCCAAAUAAGGGUUUAUUUACCUAUGAAGAAGAAGAAUGUAUGUUGUUGCGGAGUAUUUUUGUUGUACAUUUGUUAAUACAAGCUUUAUAAUAUUCUGUUUAUUAAAUAAAAGAGUAUCGUUCUUA